CACCGAAGCAACUCCGGGCAACUUUACGCCCGGGCCGCGGGCUGCCUUGAAGGCACAACCGCCUGCGCCCUGCGUGGGCCGGACAGGCGCUGUUGCCCAGCCUGGUCCCGACGGGCUGAAGGGAGAGGCCAUCCCUUCUGUGAAGGAACAGUAGUGGCGGGAGGCCUUCGGGACCAGGGCGCGGCAGAGGCUGCAGCACAGACUGGCUCAGGGUGGCGUGACCCGCACUGUCCAUCAAGAUGGUGGACUUGGAAAGCCCCAUUUGCCCGCUGUCCCCGCUCGAGGCUGACGACCUUGAGAGCCCGCUGUCCGAAGAAUUCCUGCAGGAAAUGGGCACUAUCCAGGAGAUCUCCCAGUCCCUCGGGGAGGACAGCUCCGGAAGCUUUAGUUUCACGGAGUAUCAGUACUUAGGGAGCGGUCCCGGCUCGCAUUGCUCCGUGAUGACAGAUACCCUGUCCCCAGCUUCAAGCCCUUCGUCAGGAAACUGUCCUGUGGUUCCCGGCAGCGCUGAGGAGCCGUCCAGCAGGGCAUUGAACAUUGAAUGUAGGAUCUGCGGGGACAAGGCCUCUGGCUACCACUACGGGGUGCAUGCCUGUGAAGGCUGCAAGGGUUUCUUCCGCCGGACUAUUCGGCUAAAGCUGGUUUAUGACAAAUGCGAUAGAAAUUGCAAGAUUCAGAAAAAGAAUCGAAACAAGUGCCAAUAUUGCCGUUUCCACAAGUGCCUCUCAGUGGGGAUGUCACAUAAUGCAAUUCGUUUUGGACGAAUGCCCAGGUCCGAAAAAGCCAAAUUGAAAGCAGAAAUUCUGACUUGUGACCAUGACGUGGAAGACUCUGAGACGGCAGAUCUGAAAUCUCUUGCCAAGAGGAUCUAUGAGGCCUAUUUGAAGAACUUUAACAUGAACAAGGUCAAAGCCAGAGUCAUCCUUGCAGGAAAAGCCAGCAACAAUCCACCUUUCGUCAUACAUGACAUGGAGACACUGUGCAUGGCUGAGAAGACACUGGUGGCCAAGCUGGUGGCCAAUGGCAUCCAGAACAAGGAGGCAGAGGUCCGCAUUUUCCACUGCUGCCAGUGCACGUCAGUGGAGACCGUCACAGAGCUCACCGAGUUUGCCAAGUCCAUCCCCGGCUUUGCCAACCUAGACCUGAAUGACCAGGUGACUUUGCUGAAGUACGGUGUCUACGAGGCCAUAUUUGCGAUGCUGUCUUCGGUGAUGAAUAAAGAUGGGAUGCUGGUUGCAUACGGAAAUGGCUUUAUAACACGAGAAUUCCUCAAGAGCCUCCGGAAACCAUUCUGUGACAUCAUGGAACCCAAGUUUGACUUUGCAAUGAAGUUCAAUGCCCUGGAGCUGGAUGACAGUGACAUUUCCCUCUUUGUGGCUGCGAUCAUUUGCUGUGGAGAUCGCCCCGGGCUAUUGAACGUAGAGCACAUCGAAAAAAUGCAGGAGGGCAUCGUGCACGUGCUCCAGCUCCACUUGCAAACCAACCACCCUGACGACAGCUUCCUCUUCCCCAAAUUGCUCCAAAAGAUGGCAGACCUGCGGCAGCUGGUUACGGAGCAUGCGCAGCUCGUGCAGAUCAUCAAAAGGACGGAGUCGGACGCGGCGCUGCACCCGCUGCUGCAGGAGAUCUAUAGGGACAUGUACUGAGCUCGCGUGUGCACAGAAGACGCGAACGCCCUGGGGGAGACCGCGCUGGCAGCACUGCCGUUGGGAGAUCGGAGCCACAGGACUGCAGACAUUGCCACCUUCACCCCCGGGAAGGAAGGUGUCCGUCAUCCGGGUUCUGCAGCGUUUCUCUGGUUCCUGACAGUACACCAAAGUGGCAUGCCAGGUGUCCAGCUUUGGGCAACAUGGCUGCUAGGAAUCUGGGCGGUGGAGGAGAAGCGUUCAGCAUCGGAUCGCACGCAGGUUCUCUUCCUCAGCACUAGUGGUUGGCCCUGCCCUUCUCUGGUGAUGUCAGAAUGAUACGGUCCGCCUUCCCGUACUACCACCCCCACCCCUAUUUCCCUGACCCUCGUUUUGACCCUUGAGCUCCUUUGCCAUUUUGGAAACUAAUCAGCACUUUCUAACUAUUUUUAAAAUUUUAUCUAGAUGUGAUCCAAAGACUAUUAGCUAUGUAAAAAAAACACAAACUAUUUAUUUGGAAGACACUCGAUUCUCUCUGCUGACCUGCUGGUGUAGAAUCACAGGAUUGAGGCUUUUAAAGAAGCGUUUUGGUGGUUGUGGAGUCCUGGAAGCACAGUGGUUCAGCCCACAUGCUGCUCCCUGGAGGGGAGGGGGUGGGCGGAGGUCGAUGGGCGUUAGGUAAAGCCCACAGCCUUGGAGACCCUGUGCAGUGUCCACCCUGUCCUGCAGGAUUGAUUUGAGGAUGGCAGUUUGGUUUUACAUUGUUGCGACUAAACAUUGUCUCAAGACCCUUCCCACCCCAAGACUCAUGAGACACCUGUGAAGAAGCAGCGUCUAACAUCCCUGACAGGCUGCUGGGCCCUGCUCCUCCCUCAGAUCCAAACAGGUCCACCUGCUCAGGCCGGGCGCCCUCCUGUUUUGAAAGCCAGCAGACAAGGGAUUCUCAGAGGCGCCAAGGUAUCUUCUUUUACUGAUUUAAAAAUUUUUUUUAACACAUGAAGCUUUACUAUUGGUUUGUUUUUUUAACCCUUUAUGGCAGAUGCUUGCUGCAGUGGACGUGGGGGCAGGGUGGGAGUCAGCCUGGAGCAUCAGAAAGGCCUGGACUGCCCUUCAGACGGAGGCUGUAGUUUAUCUCCAAUGCAUAGCAGCUCAAUGC